UUUUACCGCGUUCCAUCGCUGUUUCCCUUGGAGAAGAAUGUCACUCGGAUUGCCGUAUUUCCAUUUGAAGACGCAACAGAGUUUCUGUAGAAACUUAAUCCUUAACCGGUAUACUAGGAUCACGAGUGACCCGAGCUUCGCAUCUCUAUUUCAGUAAAAGUUUAAUUUCCCACAUUUUUAUUCAUUUAUACACUAGCUAAGAUUGAUUUACCGAUGGAUCCAUGAUGGCCGAUCAAUCAUGACCCGAGUAUAUACCAACGAUUUUCAUGAAAAUCAAGAUUCAGCAAAGUACUCGAACUGUCGUUCAGAAUGUUCAAGAAGCAGUAAAACGUCGUCCUCGUCGGAGAGUUUUCGCUUGUUUAGACGCACACACACGAGCAUGACGCAUCCCUGACGUCACACGCAUAUCCAAUGAGACAGAGAGACGGGAUCGACACGGUCGUAUAUAGAAUCGUCGCCGAAGCGUGAUGUCAAUACGAAUCGCACUCGUUUCACGGCCUCGGAACGCUAUAGCUAUAGCUAGCUGUCAGCCAGAACGGGGAGCGGAGUGCUCGUGCGUAAUUUCAACCGCAAGGACGCGAGUGCUCAAUGGCGGAAGCCGAGUGUUAUCGGAUCGCGGAGCGGCUUUUCGUUGAAACGACCCGUGGUGAGCCAACAGCUCCGCUUCCUGUCACGAUCCUCAAAGACCAAGACCAUCGGGAUCCACCGGCAAGCAUGAUCGAAUAAUGGAGGUGAUUUCGACACGCCGAUACGAGGCUCGUCCACCGCCAGCGAGCCAUCCGCCGAUCCUCAUCGACCCGGAGAAUUCCAUAGCUCUGGUGAAAGAAGAGGAAUGGGAGACCCGCAAGAAGAAGGAAAUCACCACCACCAGGCAGAUCGAGACCAGAGUGAAGCGACAGGUCGUGCUCGAAGAUGGCGAGGUGGUCGUCGACUCCGGCCCCUUGGUCACCACGAACACUACCGAGGAUGUCGAGCAACAGGAGCACACCACGCAAGAAAGGCGAACAACCGGUGAUCAACCGCAAGAGGUCGAUUGGCCGACAGGUGGAAGAGUGUCCGCGGACGGUGGCAGUGUGGUGCAGAAGGAAUUGAACGAGACAGUGGUGAGGAGCCGCGAGGAAAUCGAGGAGAGGCUCGAGACGGAGGAUCGUCAACAGUUGGGAGAUAUCUCGGACGAGGCGUACCAGAACGCGGUGAGGAACAACCGGGGCGAUCUGAGAGCCGCCCUGGCCGAGUCCUGCAAGCAGUUGGCGUCGCAAACAGGACCCAGGGUCGUCCAGCAUACGACCAAAUCGAACAAGGUGAUCGACACGGAGAAGACCUUGGAGAAGAAGGAGCUGAAGCCCGACGGUCUGAUCGUCACCGAGAGGAAACGCACUGUGGAGCACGAGGAGAUAAAGGACGACGAGGUCCCCGCGAAGGAGGAUGCGAGCGUCGAUCUGAACGGUGACGAGGCAACGGAGACGAGGAAAGAGAGCUCUCAGAGGUUCGUCAAGAGAAGGGACGAGGACGUUGUCGAUUACAUCUCGGGCGGCGAGAAGGUCGGUCGAGAGAUGCGCUACGUCGCGGAGACAACCGAGGGAGAACGAAUCGGCGACUGGACACCGUUAUCGACGGCCAUGAGGACCGCCCGUUUGCACAAACAUUCUGGCUUCCCGGCUGAGAGUUUCCCGUCCCGGAAGGACGUGUUGACGAAGAAACCGCUCGACCUGGAGGAAGAAGAUGAAGCCAGAAAGUUCGAGACCUCCAAGUGGCUGGAGAGCCAUUUCGGCAGCGAAUCGAGAUCCUCCCACGGAUCCAUCGAAGCCGACGACGUGCACCCUCCGACCAGCACCAACACCAGCUACAUCAACGUCACCAUGAAGUCUUGCACUUCCAAAGAACGCGACCAUCAGAACGGUAGUUUCGCGAGCAAACAACCGAGUCGCAACGCCGGCAGAGAGUCGACCUCGCCGUUGGGCUAUUUCCACGGGAUCACAGACUGGUCGGAGAGAUAUCAAGGAAAAGGAAGGCAGAACCAUGCAAGGACCAGCUCCCCGUCGCAGUACGUGGAGAUCGUUCACACGAACGGCCACGGCAACGAGCCUCCGAGGAAUCAGGUCCAAGAGUGCACGUACUCGAAAACGUACGAAUCCAUUCAUCGAUCGGAGCAUCAGGAAUCGGUGAACGACCGGCAACGUACCCCGUCUCCACCCGUUCGACGAAGAUCGAAGGAACAGUGGUCGACGAAAUCGGAGGGGCGAACAAGCCUGAACGGUUCCGGCUCCAUGCCAAUUCGAACCUCGAGCCCUGUCCACGUUAUCCAAAGGACGUGGGAGAAUCGUGGCCCAGACGUGCAGGAGCAAACAUUGGAUCGGGAGACUCGAAAGAAGCCGACCCCAAGAUCCGGGUCGACCUCACCGGCUCCGCAGUCCGCGUCGAGGAGCAACAAAAAAGCCAAUGAGUCGUCGUCUGCUGCUCGACCGACGAAAAGUUCGGGACACUCGAAGUACAAGAUAGGCGAGUCGUUCAGGAAACUGGUCGGAAAACUGCGCUCAGCCAGCUCCGAGAGGAAGAGCAAACGCGCCAGCAGCAGCUCCACUUCUCAACUGACGCAAACCGAUGACAACGGGCCGACUUACCUCCAAUACAACGUAAUCGACAAGAAUAUCCCUCUGGUGAACGAAAGGGACGCCGAGGAGAAACCUCCGGAACGACCGCCUAGGUCGCCCAGGAACGCUGCGGCGAACAACAACAACGCUAAGAUCAACAAGACCGUCAGAACUAGCGAUCAAAUUGUUCAGGAACAGUGGCAAAGAAGCGAGUCGACGCCACCUGUUCACAGGUAUUACCUUGGGGAGGAUCCCUUUGGGGGAAGCAUCUACGGCCGCGAGAAAGGGUACAGAGACGCGAGACGCUCGGGGAAGAUCCGUAGCCGAGCCACUGCCGAAACACAGUACAGCGCCGCCUCCAGUUCCCUAGACAGGUUUAGCAAAUCCACCGGUCGGUUGGUCAACAAUCACGAGAGGGACGACCAUCCGAGGAUCACGCAAACCUUGCCGAGGAAUUUGCACUCGGUUGGACAGACGUGCAGAUCGAGAAGCCAGUCGACGGCGCGAUAUCACCAGCCGGUAAAGCAGACUGCUUACCAUACCAUGGCCCCGCCGACCAACCAGUCCCGCCAAUACGGGAGCAUGAUCAAUAUAUCGAUAAAGAACACAGUGAAAUCGCCGAAAAUACCGGUGCAGUCCUUGCAAACUGUCCAGGCACCUGUGAAACCGGAAAGAACGUACAAGUCGUCGUUGUCGCGCAGCAAAAGCUUCAACGUCGAGGCGGCUAGAAAUGGCGCGAACUCGCCACCAUCGAGGAUACCAUACACAUCCAGCUUACAGUUGAAUCGGCUGAACGAAACGCCCCCUCUGAAAAGCCCUGGAAUAUUGGCUAGCAUCAGCCGUAGCAAUAAGGAUUUAUUGAGGGACAGUAGAUACGAAUAUUGAAUCUCGCGUCGAAUCGUUCUUAGUUGUAGGUUACGCGACAUUAGUCGCAGAUUCGAGGUCAGAGACGAUCCUUCGUAAACUUCAACUCCCCCCCGGCGAUUCAUCUUCGACUUGUCAGUGCGUAUACUCUGGUUCUUUCCUCGUUACUUUAAGUAUAUUCCUAAUACCUUGAAUUGAAAAUAACUUAUCUUUCAUUUCCAUCGGUAUGUUGUUCUGUAUAGUGUAAAGUAAUCGAAUACUUAAUUUUGCUAUGUGAGUUUUACAUUUUCUGUAUCUCGUACAUAUAUAUCGGCCGACAAUCCAAGAUUACAUAUCAGAUUUGUAGGGAAGAGUGAACGAUAACGAUUCGUUCGUAACAAUAUUUUAUUCACGAAUGUUGUACAAAGAUACGAUUUACAAUAAUUCAGUUUGACUUGUGACAUUUACUUGCACAAGAUUUAUAUGAAAAUAGUGCAUGAAACUUCGCUGAUAGGACCCCAUAAAAUCCGUAAAAGAACAAAGCAACUCGCGGAUGUUUAUGUACAUUUAUAUUUUUAUAGACUAGUUUACGGAAUAACAAGCAUAGAUUUUAUAAUAAAGUAAAUUCUGGUCUUAGCCCACAGUAGAAAUGCAGAAACAUCGAUUAUUCAGCGUUAACUAUUGUUUGUUCGACGAGAAAUCUAAUUAAUUAAAAUGUA